AAUAUAAGAGUGAUCGCUGCAUGGGCCAGACUAACGGUGCCUCCCGAUCCAACUCCGCCAUGAAGCUGACCGUUGUUUGCAGCGCGCUCGCCCUGGUCCUCUGCUUCGGCUGGGCCUCUGCCGACGGUUGCCCAACUUUCCCCGAAGUUGCUGAAAUCCUCAUCAAGGGCACAGCCCAGAAGUAUCUCGAAUCCAUCCAGUGCUUCCAACCGGAUGAGACCAUGGAGGCAGCUGGGAAGCUGCUGAAGGAGCAGGUGGACGUCCUUUCGAACGUGACCAAAAUGGACAUCAUGAGGCUGAUGGAAAAAAUCUUGACUGCAAACUAACGUCCUCCAGGCCUUCUAUUUUGCUCCCGGAUAUCCCCAAAUGCCCGCCUGCUGAAUGCCAGUUUUGUGUCCAGUGCUCUCCCCAGCCCAAAUGUCUGUCCCAGCUUUAUCCCCCAAAAUAAACUGAACGCAUUUGAA